AUGAACUUCAAAAAGAAAUUGUUUGGGGGGAGGAGGCCAUGCAUCCAGGAUCUAUUUGGGGAAGACGAGGACAUACCAAACCUGGAAGAGGAUGUGGUCAUAAUCCAAGAGGGACCAAUCCCAAAAGUUCUAAUUCACGACAAAGUAGAGGAGCAUUUGGCAAAACGGUGGCGAAAUGUUAUUGUGGUCAAACUAAUGGGCAAUUCAAUCAUAUUAGGCCAGCUACAAUAUCGUCUUGAGAAAAUGUGGCCUAAUACACAAGGGUUUGUAGUCGCCGACAUAGAAAGGGACUACUUUUCCGUGACCUUUGUGUCCCUUGAAGAUGUAUCCAUGGUACUGUCAAAAGGCCCAUGGCUGAUCGGAGAUUGGUAUAUCUACACACAAAAAUGGGAUAGCACUUUUGACGCAAAGGUUCACAAAGUUCGAUUCCUGAUUGUAUGGGCUAGGCUACCAGGAAUGCCUCUACACUAUUACAAUAAAUCCUUCCUGAGCAGAAUUGGACAUGUGCUAAGGAAGGUGAUUCAUAUAGACCACCAAACGGAAGCAAAAACUCAUGGGAAGUUUGCUAGGCUAGCAGUGGAAUUAGACGGUGGGACAUUUCUCGCCGGAUUGUGCCUUCGGAGCACCAAUGUUGCCACCUUUUAUGGGCUAAGGAGACACCUCAUAGAAAUAGCCAACUAUCCGAUUUGCAAAAAUGAAGAAGAGGAUGUGGUCUACGCAAUCAGAGAUUGUCCACACGCUAGAGAGGUAUGGUCCAAACUGGUGCCCAACAAUUUGCAAUUCAAUUUCUUCAAUUGUAGUCUGUUAGACUGGAUGAUGAGAAACCUCCAAAAUGUUGGGGGAAUACCGGGGAGCUGGCCAGUGGUGUUUGGAGUGGUGGCUUGGAAAAUUUGGUGUUGGAGGGAUGAGACUGUUUUCAAAGGGGUAAAUCAUAGGAUUGACAGAAGGAUGGGUGAAAUAGCCCACAAAGUAAGAGGGAUCGAGGAGGCUGUACAACACAAAAGAAUCAUGGGUUCAUCUAAGGUUGUCAAAAUGACCAGGAUGCUGUCGUGGAAGCCACCCCCAAUGGAUUGGCUCAAACUAAACUCUGAUGGAGAAAUAAAUGGGGACACAGGAAUGGCGUCAGCAGGAGGAGUCAUAAGGGAUUCAAAUGGAAUCUGGAAGGGUGGUUUUUUGAUGAAUAUCGGAUUCUACUCGGUGAUAGGAGCUGAACUCUGGGGGCUGUUCCAGGGCUUAAACCUUACGUGGGAAUCGGGGUACAAGAAAAUAGAGGCAGAAGUGGACAACCAGAGCAUCGUAGUUAUGAUCUUCAAGGAGAAUAGACCGACGUGCGCACAUGAGGGUCUGGUUAAGGCUAUAAAGGAGCUUCUUUCUAGAAAUUGGAAUGUUAAACUCUACUAUAAUCAUAGGGAAUGUAAUUUUGUAGUGGAUUAUCUUGCGUUUUUGGCGGCGACGAAUCCUGGAGGAUUCACUCGUUUGGAUUUGCCGCCACCAGGAGUUCGCUGGUAA